CCUCCGAAGAUUUCACCCCCGAAUCCACCCAUCGACAUGAAGCUCUCCGCCGCCAUCGCCAUCCUCGCCUCCGGAAUCGCCCUCGCCGCCCCAGCUAUCAACGUCGAAAAGCGCGCCGACACCGGCGUCUACCUCUGCAACGACCGCAACUUCGAGGGCUACUGCGUGCACAUCAACUCGCCCAGCGGUACCUGCGUUCCCCUCGCUUCUGACCUCAACGACAAGGUCAGCGCGGCUGGGCCUGACCAGGGCAGCUUCUGCUACUUCUUCGUCAACCCGAAUUGCGAUACCAAUGGUGACUUCUUCCACGUUGGCUACCCUGGAUACCCUGACCUCUCGGUUACACCAGUCAACGGGCCUGCCGGAAGCACAAGGAACUUUGAGGAUAAGUUGAGCAGCUAUCGGUGUACGACGGAGUAAGCGUGAGGGGUUUUGCGGGAAGGAAACGUGGAACCUAGACGCAGCUAGCGGAAACAAUAGAAGCUGUAAUGGGAUCGGAAUUGCACUGCCUACAAUCUUGACUUCUCCACAUGCUCGUCAGCGUCCCACCUAACCUUCCUUUAACUUUAUACUCAUCAUGGGAA